AUGGGGAUUAGCUCAGAAUAUGAAAGCUCGACAUCUAUUCUUAGUGGGCGAAAAAAUAAACAACGAUAUUCGCAAAUCAAUGAUGACACUCAAAAUCCCUCCUCUACUGCAUUUUCCUCCAAUUCAAAUGCGAAAGAAAAUAAUGGCUCGCCAGAUCGUUUAAAGAAGAUGUUUCCUGAACGUCAGUCUCAUAAGUUUCUUGCAGAGCAAAAAGUCAGUGAUUGGUUGGUUAAAAAUCAACCCUAUAGUAAUACUCUACCCAAAGAUAUGGCGGAUAUUCCUGAAAAUCUUCUGUUACCGCCUGAUAGUGAUUUAAACUCGAAAAUCAGUUCUACUUCAAUUGCAAAUACUCAAUAA